CCACUCUUUCGGUUGCCGGCUUCUAGGUACUACUGCUUCACCGCGACACGGCACGCUACCGCGCCUCCCCCCCGGAUCCGAUCCGAACCGAACCGAUCGACCAACGACCCCACCCCACCCCACCCCGAUGGUUUCCGCGCGGGCCCUCCGGUCCCAUAGAAGGACCGCCCUGCGAGCCGCCCUCGGUGGCCUUGCAACGGCGGGGAUCCUCGAGGCCACGACGGAGCUCCCCUCCAGGGGCCGGUCCUCCCCGUUCUACCAUUCCCUGGCGGACGCCUGGGUCGUCCCGGGGAUGCGGCGCUUCCUCGAUCCCGAAACAGCGCACGGAACGGCCCUGGCACUGGCGUGGCUGGCCCCGGUCCACAGGCCGUCCGAGAAAGAGGACAACCUGGACGUGGAGGUCCGGCUGUGGGGGGGGAGCAAGGGCCGCGAGAACGGAGGGGGGGGCAGCAACACAAGCACAAGCACAAGCGCAACCGAAACGGUCUUUCCGAAUCCCAUCGGCCUGGCGGCGGGAUACGACAAGGACGGGACGGCGAUCGGGCCGCUCCUGGCGAUGGGCUUUGGCUUUGUCGAGGUGGGGAGCGUCUGCCUGAGGGCCCAGCCGGGAAACCCGUCGCCGAGGAUGUUCCGGCUGGUGGAGGACGAGGCAAUCAUCAACCGGUACGGAUUCAACAGCGAGGGGGCGGAUGCGGUGGAGGCCCGCCUGAGGGACUACAGGGCCGAACGCCGAAACGGCAAGGGCCGGCCCUGGUGUUUCUCCGUGCGGGAAACACAAACACAAACACCGCCGCCCGCCGGUCCGGUCGGGAUCAACCUGGGCAAGAACAAGGCCAGCGACACCCCCCUCGAGGACUACCGGAAACUCAUCCUCCAGCUCGGACCCUAUGCCGACUACCUCGUGGUCAACGUCUCGUGCCCGAACCUCUCGGGCCUGAGGGCGCUGCAGUCCGCCUCAUCCCUCGAAGAACUCCUCGGGGGGUGCCUGGAAGCCCGGGACCAGCUGGCGGAAAAGGAAACCCCCGUCCGACCCCUAGGCGGAAACGAAAACAGCGGCGAAACCCCCACCCCUUCGCAUCCACCACCACCCCACCGGCCCCCCCUCCUGGUCAAGCUCUCCCCGGACCUCACGGACGAGGAGCUCGAGAACCUUGCUUCCGUCCUGGUGAGGGUCGGGAUCGACGGCAUUGUGGUUUCCAACACGACCACCACCCGGCCGGAGGGCCUUCUUUCCCCACACCGGUCGCAGGAGGGGGGCCUCUCGGGCAGGCCCCUGGGGGAGCGCUCCACCGAGUGCGUCCGCCUCCUCUACGCCAAGACGAAGGGAAGCAUCCCCAUCGUCGGCGUCGGCGGCGUGAGAAACGGGAGGGACGCCUACGAGAAGCUCCGCGCGGGGGCGAGCCUGGUGCAGGUGUACACCGGGAUGGUCUACGGGGGGCCGGGCCUGGUGUCCAGGAUCCGGGACGAGGUCGCGGGGCUCAUGCUCCGGAACGGGCAGAAGAGCGUCCAGGACGACGUGGUCGGGAUCGACCACCCCGAACUGUUUGCCAAGCGGAAGAAGGAGAACGGCCCGUGAGCGAGUCCGAACGGGCAGGGCAAGGCAACCCAA